AUGGAGCGCAUGUUCGCUGCUCCUUUCAUCGGUCAACUCGGUCAAGGCCAUGUCGACGGCGUCUAUUCCAUGGCAAAGGACCCAGGAUCGCUAGAGAGACUUGCAAGUGGUAGCGGCGACGGGGUGGUCAAAGUAUGGAACUUGACCGGUCGUGACGAAAUCUGGCAGGCAAGAGCACAUGAAAAUGUUGUAAGGAGUGUUUGUUGGACCCCUGACCGAAAACUACUCUCCUGUGCCACCGACAAAACCAUUAAACUAUGGGAUCCCUACAAUUCCGAAACCAAUACAGCUCCAUCUGCCACUUACCUUGGUCAAGGCGCUUUCACCUCCCUCUCCCAUCAUCGCGAUCAUUCAUCCUUCGCAGCCUCUUCCAGUUCAAUAUCAAUCUAUGACUUGUCACGGCCCUCUUCGGGGCCUAGCCAGGUCCUACGAUGGCCCACCUCUACUGAUACCAUUACAGCAGUCUCUUUCAAUCAAACAGAGACCUCGAUUCUUGCCUCUACUGCUCUGGAUAGAGCUAUCAUCCUUUACGACCUUCGCACAUCUUCACCUCUGGCAAAAACAACUCUUCGUUUCGCCUCGAAUGCGAUUUCAUGGAAUCCCAUGGAGGCUUUUAACUUCGCAGUGGCCAAUGAAGACCACAACAUUUACAUUUUUGAUAUGAGGAAACUUGAUAGGGCAUUAAACGUUCUGAAGGAUCAUGUUGCUGCUGUUAUGGAUGUUGAGUUCAGUCCAACUGGAGAGGAGUUGGUAAGCGCUUCGUAUGAUCGUACCAUUCGUCUAUGGAACAGGGAUCGAGGCCAUUCCAGAGAUGUUUACCACACCAAGCGUAUGCAAAGAGUCUUCUCUGCGAGGUUUACGCCCGACAACAACUACGUUCUCUCCGGCUCCGACGAUGGCAACAUCAGGUUGUGGCGCUCUAAUGCUUCCAGUCGCGCGGGAGUAAAGUCAGCCAGACAACGGCAAAAAUUGGAAUAUGACCAGGCUCUAGUCAAAAGGUAUGCACAUAUGCCCGAGAUUAGACGGAUUAAGCGACAUCGACAUAUACCAAAGACCGUCAAGAAGGCGGGUGAGAUCAAAGGAGAAGAACUCAAGUCAAUUAAACGGAAGGAAGAGAACGUUCGAAAGCAUAGCAAAAAGGGUGCAGUUCCCCGUCAAAGUGAAAGGGAAAAGAUGGUUCUGGCGGCCGAAAAAUAA